AUGAAUAAUGAUUUGGCUCUGCAAGGAACUGUAGAUGGUGUUGAGCUUUUAAUUUUUCCAUCUAACCUUCUGCCUAAGAAUUCCCAGUGUUGGAAUGAUAUGUUCUUUUUAUGGAGUGUGUUCAGAGGACAAAGGGGAAAUAACUCGAAAAGCACAGCAAUGAUAAAUUCUCUCGAGCUCAAAAAUGGAGAUGCUGUGAAAAAUUGGCCAUUUGAUCUCAACGCCUGUCCUGAAGGUGGAGAUGGCAUGGCAAAACUUGAUGGAAUUUCUAAAUUUCAACUACUAAGAGAUACAGUUUUGGUUGGAGAUGACAACAGUAGUAAAGGAGACAAGGCAAAUGAAGGAUGUAUAGUUAUAGAUGCCAAUACUUCACCAUGGCCUGAAAGUGAAAUGCAUGAAAAAGGUUUGGUUGGAAUUGAAGACGAUAAUGUGGAGGUUCCACCAUCAUCACAACUUUCAACAACACUCAACCCAAUCCAGUGGGAAAUUGUAGACGCUUUGAUUUUUCUCUCUAUGGGAAAGUCUUGA